GGCGCGGGGGAGCGGCGGCGCGGCGGCGCGCCCGCGGCGGCGCGGGCAGCGACCAGCUGCUCCACGACAGCCUCAACCGCGAGAUGGAGAAGCUGAAACGGAAGGAGCAGGCGCGCCGCGGACUCGCGGCCCGCGCCCCCUCGCCCUCCGCCGCGGGCGGCUCCGAGCGCGCCCCGCUUCGGCGGCGGCUCCACCGCGCCCAUCUUCGGCGCGGCCAGCAGCGUGCCCGUGUCCGCCAAGCUGCUGGGCCUGGCGUGCUUGGCGUUGCCGCUGGAGGGGAGUGGCCGCGGUUCCGUACGGGCUCGGCCUGCUGCUGCGGACCCCAGUGCUCCGCGAGGGCGUGUUGCGGCCGCUGGCGCCGCUGAUCCGCGCCUACCACGGCAGCAGGUACGGCAGCUACGCAGGCAUCGUUGGCCUCUACGCGCUCGCGCGGCAGCGGUCGGUGCAUCCCUUCGUGCGCACGGUCGGCAUGCAGGCAUCCACGCUCAUGAUGAUGCAGUUCCCCGUGGGCUUCCUCAUGCAGUUUUUCGCAGCAGCGCCCAGGCCUCUCUUCAACCUGCUGAACACCUCCGUCUUCGCGUUCUACGCGUGGUGCGUCUUCCUGGGCGCGCUGGGCUGCCUGUCCGGGCGCACAGUGCGCAUGCCGCUGAUCGGAGACGGCAGCCUGCCGUCUGGCGGCUUCUACAGGGGCAUGCGCGGGGGCAUGCGCGGGGGCAUGGGCGGCAUGCGGCCGCCCUUCGGCGGCGGCGGCGGCUGAUCCAAGUAGUGGGCGCGCUCCUGCCUGGGAGCGCGCCGAGGCUGCUGAUGCGUAGAAGGCCCCCGCAGAGCCACCACCAUGCCCGGCUGGGCCCGUCCUGGAGGACAGUGUGCAGGCCCUCCCUGGCUUCUGCCAGGAGGGCGCAUACACAGUGCCAGGGCCCAAGAUGGCCAUCCCGGUCUGGGGGUCAAGCAGCGGCUCCUAGACCUGUUUUGGGGUUGCGCUCCGGCCAGAGUUUCGUGGCGGACCCAGCGGUGGCAACGAGGGCUCUUCCAGACACAUCGAACACGCGGGGGGAGUGCCCCGCGAGCGGUGGCGGUGUAGAUUUCGCCAGGGGUGGAGCCGGGUUCACGAGCG